UUCGUUAUCCAACCCACGUUUAAAUACACCCCCCUUCCCUCCCUCCCCGUCUUGACCCCUUCUCUCCCUGCUUCUCUUUCUUCUCCAGCUACCUCGUUGAAAACACUCGCUCGUACCGUACUCAUUCGCUCAUAGUACUCUACUCCCUUUUAAUACCUACAAAAUAAUACUUCCUCACCCCCUUCACAACAAACAAACCAAACGACCAUGCGUUCCACCGCCGUCUUCGCCUUCGCCAUCCUCUCGGCCGCCACUCAGGUCGCCGCGCAGGCCAAGUGCAGUGCCCAGAACAUUGUGGAUACCUGCGUCAAGACCUACCAGCCUCGUCUCGAGAAGUGCGCCGGCAACGACUGGGAGUGCUACUGCCAGGAGGCGCGCAACGUCCGCACAUGCUACAACAACUGCCCCGACACCAGUGACACGUCCGGCAUCGACAGCCAGGUCACCGCCUGGUGCAACGCAUUCUCCGCGACCCUCCCGACCACCACCUCCGCCAUCGUCGUCCCCAGCGGCAGCGGUAGCUCCACGGCCACGGGCAGCUCCACGAGUGGUACCUCUGGAGCUGGUGCUGGAAGCUCGAUUAGGGCUUCUGCCGCCUCGGCGAGUGCCUCCGCCAGCGCUGACAGUGCGGCGGGUGCGGUCGGGGUGGUCAAGGGUAUGGGUUUGGCGGUGGGAUUGGUCGUUGUUGCUGGUGCUUUCUUGUAGACGGGGAGGGAUGAGGAGGGAUGAUGGGGGAUGAGAGAGAGGGGAGGAUUGAUACCAUGAGAGCGGGUGUAAUGCAUGUGAUUCCGUGAGAUUCUGUGAGGUGGUCGUGAUGAUUGAUCUGGUGACUGGCGUGAUGUGAUGUAAUCACGAAUGAGGGUCACCCCGGUGUAGAUCUUGCCGUAGCUUAGGUGUGCACUCUUUGAGAAGGUGCAACCGUAGCUCUAUAAGAGAGAGACGUGAUACGUAAAAGUGAUAGAGCAGAGUGCUGGGUUGUGAGUGAG